AUGUGGGUAAUUCUUGGAAAGAAGACUGUAUUUGUCACAAACAAUUCAACCAAGUCGAGGUCACAGUAUCUCAAAAAGUUGUCGUCCAAGAACAUACCGAGCACGGUAGAUGAUAUUUUUGGAUCGGCUUACUCGUCAGCUAUCUACAUCAACCGCAUCCUGAAGCAGCCUGCGCCGAAGAACAAAGUCUUCGUCAUAGGCGAGGCCGGCAUAGAAGAAGAGCUCCGCUCGGAAGGCGUGCCCUUCAUCGGCGGCACCGACCCCUCACUCCGUAGGGACAUCACGGACGACGACUUCACCGGCCUGUCCAACGGCUCGCUGCUGGACCCGGACGUCGGCGUAGUCCUCGCCGGCCUGGACUUCCACAUCAAUUACCUCAAGCUCGCGACGGCGUACCAGUACCUGUCGCGGGGCGCCGUCUUCCUGGCCACGAACCUCGACAGCACGCUGCCCAUGAACCACGCCUUCUUCCCCGGCGCGGGCUCCAUCUCCAUCCCGCUGGUGAACAUGACCAAGCAGACGCCGCUCGCGAUGGGCAAGCCCAGCCAGGCGAUGAUGGACGCCGUCGAGGCGUUUGCGAAGCUGGACAGGGCGCGCACGUGCAUGAUCGGCGACCGCCUGGACACGGACAUCCAGUUCGGCAUCGACGGCAAGCUGGGAGGCACUCUUGCGGUGCUUACGGGCGUGAGCAAGAAGGAGGACUGGGAGAAGGAGGAUGCGCAGACUGUGCCGAAGUACUACGUGACCAAGCUGGGCGACCUGCUGGGUCCUGAAGAGUAG